GUCGGCCCAUAAACAAAACAGGCUUCUCUUCUCCUUUAAGAGAGGCUGUAAAUCAGUCACGUGGGACUCAACGCGGAAAUGCAGCGCUACAAAUGGAGCUGGGAGAGAGAGACAGGAAUAUAAAAUUGGAGAUAUAAAGGAUAUAUAAAUCUAUAUAUACCCAGUAUCAGUAUGAAGUGGAAGAGGAGAGAGUGCGUACACAGAACUGAGCUUUAAAACUACAAGCGGUCUUAUUUUAAAUCGUUAAAAAGAAGAGUGGAGUGUCGCUGCUAUGUGGGCAGUGGUGUUCCGGGCUCGGUGCGUCUGUUUAGGGCGUUUUACUGCACAGCAGCACCGAGUAGACCCAGUAUCAUCAGCACCGAGUAGACCCAGUAUCAUCUACACCGAGUAGACCCAGUAUCAUCAGCACCGAGUAGACCCAGUAUCAUCUGCACUGAGUAGACCCAGUAUCAUCUACACCGAGUAGACCCAGUAUCAUCAGCACCGAGUAGACCCAGUAUCAUCUGCACUGAGUAGACCCAGUAUCAGCGGUACUUACUGUCAUUCAGCUUUGUUUACAUUGCCUGUUUAUAGGCGGAACAGAUUCAACCAACCGUGAUCCAGAAUUUGUGAGGCGCAUGUUGGUACCACUACUAACGUCACUGCUGCUACUGAUGACAUUCAACAGUUCGAGUUUCUAAAGUGUUGGUUUUAAGCACUGAAUCCGUUUUUCUCCAAUGAUGUCCCGUCGUCUGCGCCAUGGUCCAUUCAGAGAGAGCUUAUUUGGUUCCUUUCGCUAGAGAACCUCGAUUCGUCUGUUCAUUCAGAGAUCAUUUUACUUGCACUUAGCUUGUAUGUUAGCUAAGUUGGUAAGUUAGCGAGGGAUCGUUUAAUUAUCCACAAUGAAAACAGGAAUAAUAGUAAAAACAUCUGAUACUCCGAGGCAUCAUCAGCUGCCGACUGGCUCACUGACGCGAAUUUAUAUAUAUAAAAGAAUGUUUUUUUCCCACUUUUGGACUCAUAUUCUAAUUCCACAGUGGCUGUGAUCCUAAAAAGAAACAAGUAAAAUAGCAUUAACUGAAAUGAAAACAUAAAAAAUACGGUUAGAAUUGCCUUAAAGGGUCGAAAUCUCUCAAGAGAAGUUACCUUAGCUUAGCACCGUUAGCUGCCAGUAGCCGUUACCACUGGCGACGAACGAAUAGGUUCUGUUCAACGGAUCGUGGGAACCGAUUCACAAGUCUAACUGAGUCGAACUGAUUGUUUUAGCAUAUACGUAACGUUUCUCAUAAUUAUGAAAUAAUAAAGAACAAUGUCACAUUAUAAUGUAUUAAGAACAACGUUGUCGAACAUUUUCUCUAAUGCAUCUUUAAUUAAUUGUUUGACACUAAACGGACAGUUCAUCAAAGGAAUCGGUUCGGCCAAUUGAAUCGAACUUUACAUGGUUGGAUAUAUCUGACGUGUCCUCUGCUCGCUCUUCCGCUGCGCCCCCUGCUGGCUGUCCGCAGUGCACCUCCACACUCCUUUCUGAACGGCUGCUUCGGGUCUGAAUAUGUCGAAAAGCAGCCGAAGGCACAGAUCCGUUCCGAGCAAUGGAGUGUCCGGUUGUCCGGUCAGAACCGGCUCCCGUCGCGCGCUGUUCUGGUGCCUGUGCUGCGCGCUGUCGGUGGCGCUGAUGCUCGGACUCUACCUGUCCACCGAGACAAACACCAACAGCCCAAAACAAACCACAGAUCUGCUGAAGGACAAGUUUUCCCACAAGCCCAGGAAAUGCUCUCUGGCGCAGGUACGUAAGCUCGCUGCUCGGGUGGAUGGAUCUCGUCUGUGGGAGACUUGUCUGAGGCCCAUGUUGAUAGAGAGAGUACCCGGCACUGCGGGCAGCCAAACCGUACGACAGCAUAUCUUGUCCCAGCUGAGGUCGCUCUCUGCAGGCUGGUUAGUAGAAGAAGACUCAUUCCAUUCUUCCACGCCCAAAGGUUCAGUGACUUUCAGCAACGUACUGGCAGUGCUGGAUCCAUUUGCCCCGCGCAGGCUGCUGCUUGCCUGCCACCAUGACUCCAAAAUAUUCCCCCGAGACCCCAAACACCCGCAGGAUGUGUUUAUUGGGGCCAGUGACUCAGCUGUGCCCUGCGCCAUGCUGCUGGAGCUGGCCACUGCACUGGACACCGAGCUGAAAGCUCUGAAACAGCAGAAGUCAGUGGUGACACUGCAGCUUGUGUUUUUUGAUGGGGAGGAGGCAUUUGAGGAGUGGACAGAAACCGACUCUCUCUACGGCUCUCGUCAUUUGGCUGAGCUGAUGGCCCACACCCCGCAUCCUCCGAGCUCUACGCACACAACUCUGCUGCAUGCACUGGAUCUGUUUGUUUUGCUGGAUUUACUUGGCGGUCCGGAGCCGCUGAUCGUCAGUCAUUUUGAUAACACUGCUCGAUGGUUUGACCGUCUUAUUGCUGCAGAGUCAAGACUGCACCGUCAGGGUCUCUUGUCAUCCCACCCCUCAGAACAGAGCUACUUCAGAAAAGACUUUUACCUUGGACCAGUUCAGGAUGACCACAUCCCCUUCUUACAUCGAGGUGUUCCGGUGCUCCAUGUGAUCCCCACACCGUUCCCCUCAUUCUGGCACACAAUGCAGGACACAGAGAAGAACAUGCACCGGCCCACAGUGGAGAACCUCACUAAAAUCCUGGCUGUCUUCCUGGCUGAGUAUCUGCACCUCUGAGUGGACUCCUGCUACCCCUCAGAUUCUGCUCUUAAACAUGCAUUCAUAAUCCACAGGAGUGCGGCACCCUGACACUUACUAUACAGCAUUUAUUUAUUUGCUGAAAAAGAGCCAUAAGUGGUCACAGUGGCCGAAAUACACCUGCUUUGGCAGCUUUUGAAACUGCUGUUUCAGCCUGUAAUCACACUGGACUGGAAAAGACAUUUGUUGCUCAGACUCAAGCCAAAGACUGCAUACACUGUCUGGUCGUCCAGUGGGUCUGACUUACUGUAUAAGUUAUAUCAGUGUUUAAUUUUAAGUCAUUGCAAUUGAGCCACUGAUUGCUAACCUUUUGCUCUGUGUACGGACAUGCAGCGCUGGUUAGAGUGAUAAAUCCCACUAAGGACUGUUUUUCUUCACCUGUGUUGUUUCGAAAGGCAUCAACAGGUCUGUGGGAUUGUGAGAUAUUUAGUAUUUCACUUCUGGUGGAAUUGGAUCGUUUAGAACUGGUUCCAAAUAAGGAACCGAUUCUCAAUACCAAAACCUGCUCAAUGUGAGGCAAGCAGAAACGAUGGUAGAGAGCUGGGGUUAAAGCGGAAUUGCACUGAUUUUUCAGAAUAAUUAAAUAAUAAUUAAAUGGGUAAGAUGUAAAGAAAGUCAUUUGGGCCGGUUGGAUGUGAAACGUACCAGAGAAACUUACCAAGCCAGAAUUGUUCACGUUGGUGGUGAUGGGAACCAGACAUCUGAAAUGUUUGAUUCAGAUACCAUCACGGCAUAUGAGAACUCAGACACAUGUAGGUUCGCUGGUCAUUUUGGAUUGUAAAAAAAUGUCUAUAUUUGUGUUGUAGACAUUGUGACCCCUGGUUCCCAUCAGCACCACUAAAGAAAUCUGUCUCAUUUUCUCUACAAUGAACCACUCCACUCAGACUUCUCUGAAUGACUUUGUUUACGUCGCGUUAGCUGAAUUAUGCAGAGCUUAUGAAAAAUCUGUGGGAUUCAUCUUUGAAGUCGUAGCUUCCAAAUGGGAAUGUGCUCUUGAACUUGGAAUGAAGGUUGGUGUUUUUAAUGCUUGUGUUGCCAUGCCUUAGGUUACGACUGUUGAACCUCUUUAUUAUCCUUCUGCACAGAGUCGGGCAGCAAGCAGGUCACAUGCUGUAAACAGUGCAUUUUUUUCUUUAUUGCAAAUUGUUUUGAGGGUAUAUUAGAAAUAAAUGUAAUGCAAAUACAAUUUAAACAAGUAUAAUAAUAAUAAUGGGGUACUACCAAGUAUGAGAAAGAUUCAUCUGAUAGAAAGUGUUUAAAUUAGGGCUGUCACUAACUGAUUUAUAAUAAUAAUAAUAAUAACUUUUCACUGCAUGCAUGUAGCAAAACUUUAAAGUGAAAUAGCUUUAAAAGUAGUAAAAAUAAUGUAAACAACAUAGAAUCAAAUAAUCAAUUUCAAUAUUAGUAAUCAAGUGAUCUACCAGUUUUUUGUGUAAUUAAGUAAUAGAACUUCUUUUUUUAUGGACCAAACUAUAAAAAUUACUUGACAACAAACAAACCAUUUAUUCUCUUGAUAUUUCUAUGGUCAGAUAUUCCAUAAUACAUAAAAAAAGACUUUUAUUUUUCAAAUAUGUUAAAUUUGUGCUGGAAAAUGUAUAUAAAUGGUGAAUUAGACUCUGUUACUGUAAAAGACAGCAGUUAGAGAAUUUAAAAUGUGUGUUAACAUCAGGUAAAUUACCAAAUAAUGAUGGCUAAUCCACUGAAGGUAAUUUUUGAUUAAUUGAAUCAUCAGUUUGAUAGAAUUAUGGUGACAGCCCUAGUUUAAACGUGGAGAUGAACUUAAUCCAGGCUGGUGCCAAUACAACAAGCCAUACAAAUUUUUAAAAAUUCUAACUGAGACACAUUUACUGGUCAAAGGAUGUGGUUUCAUUUUAGAGGAGCCUGAAGUGAGUUUUAUCAGAUGUAUCAGGUUUUCCCUUUGGUCGUUCAGCUUUCGGCGGUGAAAAGAAGACGUUGCACUUAAACUCUUAAUAAACUCUGACAGAAGUUG